GCAACGUUGCUUUCGAGCAUCAAGAUGGCGUCUAUCGUCAGCGGUCUGUAACUGGGACGUGCGCUUUCGAGCGUGUGCGCGUGUUUCUCUCGGAAAACACGCACUUCGCUGUCCACAGUACCAGUGAAUAUUCUAGUCCUUAAUGUAGAUAGUUUGUUAUUACUAGUAUGAAGUUCACAGAGCAUUUGGCAGCCCAUAUCACGCCGGAAUGGCGAAAACAGUACAUCUCGUACGAGGAAAUGAAGACAAUGUUAUAUGCCGCCAUGGAACGGUCACCAUCACCCGAAGUGGUGGAGCAAAGUGUGAUAACCAGGUACCUGGCAAGCUUCGAUGAAGAGUUUUUCCAGUACUGUGAUAAAGAGCUUGCAAAAAUAAAUACCUUCUACUCCGAAAAGCUUGCGGAGGCCACUAGGAAGUUUAGCAACCUAAAGUCCGAGCUGAAGAAUUAUAUCAGCAAGAUGGAGAGCCACCGGUUGACCGGCACCCUCAGCGGGCACGGUUCCUCGCGUUCACGGGGGAUGAGGUUAGGCUUGAAACUGCGAGCCUUCGACCGUGAAGCACGGGAAGUGAAAUUCCACACGCGCAAGAUUCACGACUUGAAGCUGGCCUUCAGUGAAUUCUACCUCAGCCUCAUCCUGCUGCAGAACUAUCAGAAUCUCAAUUUUACUGGCUUUCGUAAGAUACUGAAGAAGCAUGACAAGCUAUUAGGCACUCACCUUGGCGCUCAGUGGCGACAAAGCCAGGUGGAAGUAGCGCCGUUCUAUACAAACAAAGAUAUUGAUAAGUUAAUACAAGAAACUGAGAGUUUAGUCACUAACAUGUUGGAAGGGGGAGACCGUCAAAAAGCAAUGAAAAGAUUACGUGUUCCGCCCUUGAAUGACCAGCAAUCUCCUUGGGUAACGUUCAAGGUUGGGCUUUUCUCUGGUGCCUAUGUCAUACUGGUUAUCGCUGUGAUCCUGUCAGGGGUAUUCAGCCACACCCGGGACGACUGGCGUAUCGUGUUCCGGCUCUACCGUGGGACGCUGCUCAUCAUCCUCUUCAUGUUCCUUUUGGGGGUAAACGUCUACGGCUGGCGGACAUCUGGGGUUAAUCACGUCCUCAUCUUCGAGCUGGACCCUCGGAACCAUCUUUCUGAGCAGCAUCUCAUGGAGAUGGCUGCCAUCUUUGGGGUGCUUUGGGCGCUCAGUGUUCUGGCAUUCCUCUACUCGGGUCCUCUGGCCAUUCCAACGUAUGCCAAUCCCCUGGCCCUGCUUCUACUCAUGUUGCUGUUCCUGGUGAACCCUCUGCGUACGAUGCGUCACCAAGCACGCUUCUGGCUCCUGAGGGUGCUGGGACGCAUCUUUGCGGCGCCCUUUUUCUAUGUGGGGUUUGCAGACUUCUGGCUGGCAGACCAGCUCAACAGCCUUGUUCCAGUGUUCAUCGAUGCUCAGUAUUUUGUCUGCUUCUACGCCACGGAUUUUCAGUGGAUGGAGAACAGCGAUGCAGCAAGGUGCAUGAACAAGCCACUGAAUUUGGCUCUUCGGCCAGUUCUAGCAUGCCUUCCUGCAUGGUUCCGGUUUGCACAGUGCCUUCGGCGUUUCCGGGACACCCGGGAGGCCUUUCCCCACCUGGCCAAUGCUGGGAAAUACUCGACGACUUUCUUUGUUGUGAUUUUCUCUACGCUUUGCAAUGUCUACAGGGAUAAAUACCCAUCAUCUAGCGCCAAUCCAUUCUUUAUCUUGUGGAUCUUAUCUGCUGUUGUUAGCUCCUGCUUUACUUACACAUGGGAUGUGAGAAUGGAUUGGGGCCUCUUCGACGCUUCUGCGGGCGAGAACCGCUUUCUUAGGGAGGAAAUAGUCUACUCGUCCGCUGGUUACUACUACUUUGCCAUCCUAACUGACCUGGCUCUUCGCUUUGGGUGGACGCUGUCUGUAUCCCUGACUGAACUAGGAGUUAUUCACUCAGACCUCAUGGUCACAAUAUUGGCACCAUUAGAAGUAUUUAGGCGAUUUGUGUGGAACUUCUUCCGCUUGGAAAACGAGCACCUGAACAACUGCGGCAAAUUCCGUGCGGUGCGCGACAUCUCCGUGGCUCCAAUGGAUGCUGGAAAUCAAGCGCUGCUGCUGCGAAUGAUGGACGAACCUUCUGGCGUCGUCAACCGUGGACGCAAGGACCCCCGUCGCAAACCCAAUAAAUAUAAAAGGGCCAAUCCAGAGACGAAGAUCCUGCUUGAGCAUGAAGGUAGUGACAACCCUGAAGUAUGAAGAUAGCUACACAGAGCAAUAUACUUAAAUUUAGGACCAUGUGCCAGAAGAUCACCCCAACUAUAUUUCAACUAUAUUUUGCUAGUCUCGUUCCAAGGGUUCAUCAUCACUAAAUGGAAACGUGCCAUUUAGACUGCCAUUCCACACUGCAAAUAUAUUAUGUCCUGGAGGCAUUUCUGUACAGAUGGAUAGGCUGUAUAUUGUAGAUAUAUCCGAGUGAAUGUCACCUCUUACACAUCGGACUUUCCAGAAAUAAUCAAAGUAUGUAUAUCAUCCUUGCAGUUUUCUCAAGGUGCACAUUGGAUGUGCAAGAUAUUCCUGUGUUUUCAGUUCAAACCACCUUCCUAUGACGUUGGCAACAUGUCCUUGAGCUUGGGGGAAGGACAAAACACAAACGACCUUCCCCCAAAUCCCGGGGACAUGUUGCCAGCGUCAAGUAUAUACCAGCUAGCUUGCAUUUUACUUCCAUGUUCACCUUUAUAUCUCAUCUCAAGAUAUGUGCAUAUAUUUUGGAAGUACAAUUCUUUAUUUUGCUCAGAAUGUCCUUACCCAGAAUGCCAUACUCAAGCUAUAAUAUGUUGUAUAGUUCAAUUCCAUUAAUUUGAACUCUGAAGGGUACUGUAGCUUUGUUCAUCCUUUCUGUGUUGGACACGUGUCGCCGCACGUCCGCAGUCGUGCGAUACUGAGAGACUCAUUCACCUCAUAUUCUCCUCACACCAUUACGGCAAUCUACAAGGAAGGCCCCCUGGUUUUCUGCUGCGGCAAAUUCAAAAUUCUGCGGAACCGACUUGUAAAUUCCGCGAUUUUCUGUGGCAAGCAGUCAACGGCUGCUUGAAAUGGGAAGCACUUUAUUUUCUUGUAUAAUGGGAACAAAAAUAUUUUAUAAAAUUACAGAUUGGCUCAGCAUUACAUACAUGAUAGCUUGUGUUCUCCUCUGACAAAGAAUGCCGUCUGUCGCCUGCAAUCAUCUUAUUCGCGACUCCAGCGAACUAUAGGUGGCGCACGCCGAACCUGGACUCGAGGGUUGCCACUUCACCACUAGGUGGCUAUUGCUUCGCUGGAGUCGCGAAUACCUGCUGAAAGAUCUUUCGGCAUCUAUGGAAUUUAUAGGAACUUUAUAGGAAGAUUAUAGGAAUAGGAAGGAGCUUACAAUACAUGCGCUGUGGAAUACAUUUUUAGGACAUCUUUUUUUGUUUCUGGGCUGUAGGCAUUAUUUAAGAGUCCUUAAAGGCAAAGUCCCAAACAUUUAAAUCAAAAUCCCGCACUGCCACUGCUAAACUGCACACGGGGGGACGCCGGCCCUUCCUCAGUAUGCGCAAUAAACUUGGGCAAACGUCAUCAUAAGCUAAACUACAAUCUGUGUGUGUUGGUCCUGCAGAAUGGGCGUUUCGUAAAGCAGGCUUCACCUCAUGCAGGGAAGCGUCCGGUGAAGCCCACCUUCGGAAGGUGUCGUUCAUAUUCUACGAAUAGUCGGAUAUUCGGAAAUCCGAAUAUUGGGUAUUCGAUUCGAGAAUGAAAUACUUCGAGUGAUUGAUAUUUGAUUCGAAUCUGAGAACUCUCAUAUCAACACCCCUAAAAAUAAGGGGUUCCGUGAAAUUCAGUGCCAAAUGAAGGAUUCCGCGAUGAUUUCCGGAUUCCGCGAUAUUUCGUGGAAUCGCGGAAAACCCGGGGCCUUAUUCAUAACUAGGACCUUGUCAUUUCAGGUUUUAUGUUUUGUGAAAAUGGGAGAGGGGGGGAAGUCUGGUGAUAUGCAGGAGCUGUAAAACAGUAAAAGUUUGCGAUACUGGCUGGAAAAGCAGAUUUUCCGGCUGAAAGUAAAAAAAAGGGUGCUUCUCGCAUUUUAGGUCACCACGAGGUGCACAUGCCGACUGAAUUGCGACAUGGGACAUGCUAACAUGGGACUGAAUUUGCGCUGUGCUAACUUGGCUGUCGGAGCUUUCCAGGUUUUUACCUUAAGUGACGAUGAUGCAAGUUUGGGGGAGGUAGAACCGGCUUUUACUAGGUGCAACCUUAAAGCACAAGGCCGGUCUUACAUGUGGUAAGUGAUCCCACGCAAUGUCAUUCGAAUAAACUGCCGAACAUGUUCUUUUUUGUUCAAAUUACCCAACAUUUCACCUCAUUCGUUGCAUCCCCUCAGAAUAAAACACACGACUUUGAUGGGACACGAGCAUAUGCAGAUGUUCAAACUAGCAGUAUUGCACUUUCGUUGUAAGCUUUCAUUUUUGACUCAAGUUUCUGUAAUGUGUUUCACAUGAUAGCGUUUUUCUAGCAUUACAUUUGUGCUGACGUGAGUCUAUGUCGAACACCGCUUUCAUAGCAGUACAACUGCAGUUUGUGUGCCCUAACCAAACGACAUAUGCAGAGAUGAAAGAUGUAGUUAUGUGUGGCACAUCUGUAAUAUUGCAAUAUUGGGCAGGUGGACCCGCCAGUAUGCAAUUCCAGGGUACAUUUAACAUUUGCACGUGUAUUUUGAGUGCGGCACUAAAAAUAUAUUUUUAUAGGUUAGUUUACUAAGGAUGUAGCACUGUAGUGGAAGGUAGUAAAAAUAGGAUGCCAAAGUGCACACAGUGCUGCAUCGUACUUAGCACUGUGGCGGUUGCGGUGGCAGUACAUGGUACUUUUUAGAACUUAGUAUUUGCAAACUUCAACUGCAUAAGUAAUUUUAAGACCUUUUUGAAUAUUGGGCUUUAAAUAAAUAUGUUAAUAUUAGAAUUUAAAACUGGACGUUACUUUACAUUAGGGAUACUAAACACCCUCAUCAAUGUCGGACUCUCUCUAGAGUGACACCAGGCACAUUUCCCCAUGACCUCCUGGUGAACUCGAGAGCUGUUCUGCAGUAGCAGGCAGACUGUGUACAAGAACGCCUGUGUUUGAGCCUCUUUUAAUGAACGAAAAAAAAAAAAAAAAGCAUUUCCUUACACAUCUUUGUCAGAUAUGCACACAGGGUUGUUGCACUUGAGGCUAUUGUACUGGACCUUGAACUCUAAGUACUGUAUUAUGGCAACAAUGACUCAGUCAGAUGCUGUGUGGCACGUGCACUGAAUGUGCAAGAUGAAAAAAAAAAAAAAAAUCAAAUAUGUGGUUAAUGGUUUUGCAUGCUCAGUACAGUGUGACGAGGGGAACGUCAGUCACCCAUCCUUCCCCCAAUAAGCUACAUGCCUCUUGAAGUGCACAGAAUUCACGGCAGCCACCACUGCCAGUGAGGCAGCUGCAGCAGAGGUCACAUGGUUCUGAGAGCCAACGGCAGUCUCUCACUCACUCUUCUGAAAUAAGAGUUUAACACGAAGGCUUGUUGCAGGGUCUAUACCUCGAUCACUAUAGCAUGUAGAAAAAAAAAUGAUGGCAGUGGCUUUGCUCUGAGUCAUAGCCUUUGAGGUUAGACGUAGAAUUAUGGUUGAAGUCUUGUCUUGUAGCCAGAGCGUCGAACCGAACCGAAACCAAAAACCGGAACCUGUAAUUUAACCGUAAAUAUUUAGCUGGAACUGAACCAUAAUUACUAGCGCCAUCUUGGAGGUGAACCAAAAAUCGAACCGAUCCAAAAACUCCGGUUACCGGUUCGAUAUACCGGUUCAGUUUGGGUUGGUGUGUGGUGGGGGUGAUAUGGGCCUGCCUGCCUAGAUUAGCGGCAUGUUGCUCAGGGAAGGGAUGAAAGAGCGUCCUGUUGGUCGAAAAACAGAAAUAAAUGCGUAAAAAACGUUCAAAAAAGAUUUUGUAUCAUUUUUAGUGGCUACUUCCAAUUCUGUAGCAUAUUAGAACCUCGAACCGGUUCCGAACCGGUUUACAGCCUCUGAACCAGUUAAUCGAACCGAUAUGUGCGAACUCCGGAGAUGAACCGGAACCGACCCUUUAUGGCUGAACCCGUAACAAACCGGAAAACGUUUCGGUUCGACGCUCUGCUUGUAGCAGUGACACACAACGUCGAUGGCCUUGGUGAUGUUUGUGGCGAGCGAUCUUUCUGCAAGAUAGCCCUUCCAGUACCAUGCACACCCAGGAGCCAUCAUGUAUAUACAAUCGAGGAAGAUGUCCUGUGAACGAUAUACUACGAGAGGUGCACACAACGGCCCGAUUGGAGGCGAACGUUACACGGUGUCAUUCCCACCCCUGAGGACGGAAUUCCCCACCAGUUGAGAACCCCUGGUCUAGAACAUUCUGCAGCAGUCAGUGACGCCUGUGUUCGAGUCUGCUUCUCUCCUGUGUGACAGGUUUAGACUUUGAUCCUAUUUUUGUCUUAUAUAUGCCAACAUUGUCAGAGACUUUACACUUUGAUGCACUAUUUCCUGCAUAACCUUCAAUUUCUUUCUUUUUUUUUUAUCCUUUACAGAAUUUUUUAUUAACAAGCUAUGAGAGCCAGGGGUGGAUCCAGGAUUUUUCUGAAAGGGGGGUCUAGCCUUGGUAAGCGUGGUAGAUACACGAACUAGGUCAAUUAAACACUAUGUGAAGACAGAAAUUGAGGAAGGGGUCAAGACAUCCUGGCUCUCUUCCUCCUCCUCCACAAGAGAGUAACUACAAGACGACUAAUCAUCUUUUUAAUUAGGGAUUAUUAUUACUAUUUUAGGCAAAAGCAAGUUAGCGUAAUGGGAGACAAUCCUUGUUGAAAACCAUUCUAUUUUUUUACAAAUCCAGAAAAGAGCGUGUGCCGUGAAAUAUCCAUCGCUGAAUUUCAGAAUGCAAGUUGAGAAGAAACCCAAAAAGCGCGCCUCAAGAGCACGUCGUCUACGUCUUAUCUGAGGCUUAUCUGGGCCGGAAAGUGGAUUAUCUAGCCAGCAGACCUGCACCUACUCCGAUCUUCUCUAUCGCUCCAAGUCACGUGGCCCUGUGACUUGGAAUGAGAGCUGUGCUCCCUGCGUUCCUGGUCGCCGCUCUCUCGGCAAAUUUGCAUAUCAAAAUUUGGGGAUGGAUAUUUUAACGCACGUGCAUGUUUCAGGAUUUGUUGGGCAUGAAACGGCUUUCACCGAGGACUGUCUCCGAUUCUGCUACCUUGUUUUUGUCCGAAAUCCCCUAAUUAAAGAGUUCAUUAACGAAUUUUAGGUAAUUUGUCAUCUUGUAGUUGCAUACUUUCUUUUGAGAGGAUGUCCGCCUGGCCGCAUAACUCAACUGCAAAAACGACAUCUGUCCUGCUCUCGUUGCUUUUUCAUGAAAAUGCUGUAGAGGAUAAAAAUAAACACCCUGAAUACAUGUACGGUUAGAGCUCACGGCUUUUGACACCUCAUUUGUUUUGCUGAGUGACACCGUACAUUCAGUGCGGACGGUGAUUACUGGGUGACUGACGAUGUUCAUGCCCUCAACUGCACAACAUACUCCCCCCACACCAUUGCCGGUGACGCACUCCAUACUGCACGAAGCUUUUACCCGUUACCUACUAUAUGUAGGGGGCUGACUUUUUCACGUGAUAUUUUUCACUAACAUUGGGCAUAAAUAUUCGGUUAUAUCUUGCUUCAAUAAUUUGGGUGUGAUUGGGUCAAACUGAACGUGAUUCAGUCCAAUUCUUGUUGAAUCUGAUUCAAUCAGGUGUAAACCUUUGGAUCAUAAUACAUGAUUCACUGUAAGACACAGAGUAUCAAUAUUGAGCCCAUGCAUUUAGUAAGUAGCAGGGUCUUGGUUUUCACAGUUUAUAUGAGCAUAUUUAUGCAUUUACAACACAGUUUCCAAAGUUCUACCUUAGUUGUGGUGACUUUAGAUUACCCUGGUCCAGCAGUUUUCGGGUUAAACCCAGUUUUUGCCACUUUGAAGCUGGGGGGUAAAUAUCGGGCGUAAUCGGGUAUAACCCUAAAAAGUCAGGCCCCAUCUAUAUAUAACACCACUUCACUCACUGAGAUACCUCGAAUAACUUUGAAAUCACGAAAGUGGCAGAUUACCAUCAUUUAGGUCACGGCGCCCCAUACGUACCGCAAACUUUUACUUUUACUUGUACUUUUUGGUUCCACACCAAAAAGUUAUUCUCUCCUCGGUACUCUGGCAUGUACUACAAUGCGUGCAUUAUGCAAUGACGCACAUCUACCGAAGCGUCACAAUCUCAUUAAGACACGUGUGCGUCCGACAAUGCACUUAUGUAUUGUUAUGUUCUGCUACAGUAGUGCACAACAUCGAAGUGUUAGUUAGGGGAUUUUGAAUGAUAGAAAAGCACGGUUGAACGCCUUACGGAUGUCACAUGGUUAUAUAUUUCAGUGCUGUCUGGAAAAUAUGUAAGACAUCUGACAAGCUACCAAUCAUGCAUGUUCAUCAUAAACCCGCCAUUCUAUUUGUGGCAAUGCUUCUGUACCCAUUUUGUAGAAAUAAAAUAUAUUUUUACAAUGUC